AUGGCGGAGACAGGAUCACCAAGAACUUCCAGCAGCACCGUCGUAGUCUCCCUGAGCGACAUGCACGGACUACAUCUGCGCAAUGACAUCCUCGACAUUCCGGACGGAGACCUGCUGGUUAUCGCUGGCGACAUUGAGCUCCGCAACCCCCGGGAUGUGGAGUUACUGGAGCGAUGGCUUGCCUCGCUGCCCCACCGAGACAAGGUGGUCGGAUUUGGUAACAUGGACAGAUUGGCGUACGAGUUGGGCGAGGGGCUCAAGGUCGCGGGCGCAGUGGUGGUGGUGGACCGGGUUGUGGAGGUGGCGGGGUUGCGGCUGCUGGCGUCGCCCUGGUCUCCUGAGUAUGCGGGUGUGUGGCAGCUGGAAGAUGAGGCUGAGGGGCAACGGCACUGGUCCAGACUGCUGCCCCCUGACCUGGAGCUGGACGUGCUCGUAACUCACACACCGCCGUACGGGUACGGCGAUCUCACAAGAGGACGUCACGUGGGCGACAAGCAGCUGCUCGCUGCCGUACAGGCUUUAAAACGACCACCACAGCUGUGGAUUUGCGGUCACAUCCACGAAGCAGUGGGGGAAUACCGCGUGGCCCAUCCCCGGUCGGUCAACGGGGGAAUCUUACUGGUCAACGCGGCCGUCUUCUACACGGGCGCGCACAAGGCCUUCGAGCGGCGUGCGCAGCCUCGUGCGGUCUCCCUGCCCGAGGGGCGUGUGGUGGCACAAGGCGACCCGGCAAACCUGGCGGCGUGUGACGGCAUUGCCGCUGGUGCCGCCACCGCGCCAACGGCUGCUGCUAUCGGUGAGGCGGCGGGGCAGCUGGAACCCGGUCGAUUGGCAGAGUCCGAUUUGAGCAGCAGCAACAGCAGCGGAAACGAGCACACAAACCCAGAGAGCCGCAUCCGGGACACCAUAUGUAAGCUGUUUAAGCUGGAUCCCACCAGGGAAGCCGUUGCAGAGGCGACUGGUGGACCGCUAAGACGCACAUCUCGGUUGCUGCUACUGCUGCUGCUGCUGUGGCCGCUUCGAGCCCUCAACCAAGGACUGCUCUCCUCCCGCACGUUCAUCUGGUGGUGGAUGAGCCGACGUUUCCCCGCCACCACACGACGACUGGCUACGGCUCUGCAACACGUAAGGGACACGGUACGGCUGUUCCUGACAUCACUCAACCCAGCCUCCAGCCUCCCCGAGCGGCUGCAGGCCACCUCCAAUCUGUGA